AAAGCCAUUUUUCAAAGCGGAGACCCCACCAAACCCCUGUCUCUCGAUCCUCGCGAGUCAGCGCCAUGUCGUCCCCACCACCACAGCGGCCACCAACCAGCACCACUGCGCCCCCGCCUACCGCCACGCCCCCUCCUCCUCCGGCCACCGCCCCGCAGCCCCUGCCGCGCGCCUUCCUCGCCACCUCCACCGCGCCGCAGCGCGCCGCCAACUCGACCCCGCCGCCGCCGCCGCUCUUCACCGGCCGCCCAUUGAACCCUAACCCUAGCCACGCCUCCCCCGCGCACGGCAUCCUCUACCCCGUCGCCACAUCAUCCUCCAUCCCCGCCGCCGCCGCCGCCGCGGCGGCCGUGGCGGCGAACCAUCGCCGCGCUCCCCCCAUCGGCGUCGCGUACCCGCGCGCCCACGCCGUCGCUGUCCCCGUCACAGCGCCGUCUCAGCAGCCCCAGGCGCCAGCGCAGCCGCGCUCCUACGCCGCCGUGCCGCGGGCGGUGGUGGCGGGCGUGACGCCACGUCCAGAGCACCCUCCCCGAGGGGUUCCAAUAGCCCCGCAUCCUCAGCUCAAGGUUAAUGCUGUUCCAGCUGUUACUCCAUCUCUGGCUGUUACUCCAUCUCCAGCUGUUACUCCAUCUCUAGUUGUUACUCCAUCUCCAGCUGUUACCCCAUCUCCAGCUUUUACUCCAUUUCCUCAGGAGCAUGUCACCACAAAGGAAAGAGAAAGUACCAAAGAAAACGCUUCAACUGUGGUGAUCAAUGACCGCAAAGUUAACGUGUUAGACAGUGAGUCAGGAUCCUUGUAUGCUCUUUGUCGAUCUUGGCUACGCAAUGGUGUUCCACAUGAAAUUCAGCCAAGCUUUGUUGGAAACGUUGCACCACUUCUUCCAAGACCUUUGCCUGCUUCAGUUGUAGAUUCUAGGAUGUCAGAAAAGGACCAUGAUGUUGAAAAUCAAGUUUCAGAAGAAGAGCAGAGAUAUGCCCAAGAAAGGAACGCCCUGUGCACCAGAGACGCGAUGGACAGAGCAUUGACCAAUAAUGAUACUAGUGAAUAUACCGCGGCUGACUUGUUGAGGGAGCAUGUAACUCGUGCAAAAAAUAUACGUGCCAAAUUGCGCAAGGAGCGGCAAGUCCGGAUCGAGAGAUACAAGCAGCGCCUUGCACUUCUUUUGCCUCCUCCACCACCCCCACCUAGCGAGCCAUGAUGGACUUCCAUGUUGCCAUUGUGUUGUCAUGUUAAGUAACCGAAUCUGUAGAAGCGGAGACAAUUCCAGAUGUUGUACUGUUACUCUGUUUUAGAAUUCGUUCCAGCCGCCAAAUAAUCAACAUUAAACUUUGCAUCUUUGCUUGGAAUGUUUUUCUUCAGGAGAAUUUAGCAUUUUCUUUUUGGAACAUUUGCUCCAUGUAAAUGUGUGUCGUGAAUCUUUCUAGACCAACAAUUGAACUAUUUCUAGCAUGGUAUAA